AUGCCGAACCAGACCAAGAGGCCGCAACCGCCACAACCACACUGCCGGCGCAUCCCUUCGGUCUGGAUGCGCUCCGGCACCUCCAAAGGCCUCUUCCUCCGACGCGACGACCUUCCCGCGGACGAGGCAGACUGGGCGCCUAUCAUCCUCGCCGCGUUCGGCUCCCUGGACGGCGAUGCGCGUCAGCUGAACGGGGUGGGAGGAGGCACCUCAACGACAUCCAAGUGCGCCGUCGUCAGCCGGUCCAGCAGGCCCGGAGUAGACGUGGACUACACUUUCAUCCAGGUACCCCUCGAAGGCGGCAGGCUGGACUUUUCCGGCAACUGCGGCAACAUAGCGAGCGGAGUCGGUCCCUUUGCAGUGGACGAGGGGAUGGUCGACUUCCUCCUCAACGACAACGACCUUGAGGGCAAAAGCGACGGGAAGAAAGGGCCGAGGCGGAGGAGGGUCGACGUCCGCGUCUACAACACCAACACAGGCCGCUUGCUGGUCGAGUCCGUCGCAGUCGACGAGCAAGGCCGCUUCGACCCCUCGGGGGCCUGCCAGAUCGGCGGGUUCAAAGGGCACGGGUCGCGGAUCGACCUCAGUUUUGUCGAGCCCGCGGGGAGUAUGACGGGCGCGUUGUUCCCGUCCCGCGGCAGGCGGGCGCAGGAGCUGCUCGUCGACUUUGGGCUCAGGGUGGUGAGCGGGGUGGUCACUCCAGUUACUCCAGUUCGUGUCUCACUCGUCGAUGCAGCCAACCCAUUCAUCUUAGUCGACGCUGUAUCACUCCCCCAAUCCGUUCUAGCUCUACCCCGCGAUUCGGCCGAGUCGCUCGCCGCCGUCGAGGCAGUUCGCCGUGCCGGGGCGGUCGCCUUCGGCCUCGCCAGCAGCACCCAGGAGGCGGCCGCUGUGCGAGGCACCCCCAAAAUCAUGCUGCUUUGGCCGCCGCCCCCAAGCGCUGGCAACACUGGCAGCGUUACCAUCAAGGCGCGGGCAUACAGCAUGGGCAAAGUCCACCCCAGUUUGCAACUCACCGGCGCCGUGUGCCUCGCCGCCGCGCUCUGCGUGCCUGGCACUGUGCCAGCGCAGCUAUCGGGCCGGUGCGCGCCAGGCGCCGCUGAAGGGGAGGGUUAUGAACUUCCUCCCAGCCCGCCUGCCAGCUCUGGCAGCUCUGACAGCUCCCACGAGGAAGAAGAGGAUAGUACGUUGGGGCAGCAGCAACAGCAGAAGUUAGUCGGGUUUGGGUGUGAGCGGAGAGUCGUCAUCGAGCACAGCUCCGGCCUGAUAGACGCGUGCGUUAUGACGAGGUAUGAGGAUGGCGGUGAAGUGGGAAUCGAGUACGUCAAGGUUGCGAGGACAGCGAGAAGGCUGUUUGAGGGGAACGUGGUGGUGGACUUUUGA